GCCAGGGGGCAGCUUUGCGCCUGUCGCUCCUCAUGGAUGAUGAAGUGAAAGCAGAAGUUUGAGAGUUUGUUCAGAGCCUCUCAGACUGCAGAUUUCCAUCCUCCGCUUCACAACUCUGCUCCAUCAUGAUGCUGAGCGCUUUACUGGUCCUGAUGGCGCUCGCAGCCUCCAUCCAGGCGGAGAACCGAGCGCUGGAGACGAAGAUGGAGCCUUCAUCAUCACAUCCAUAUUAUUCAUCAUCAUCAUCAUCAUCUGUGCAUGAAGCAGGUAGAGCAGGUCACGCACCGAGAGUGCCGCGCGGUUCCAAAUCCAGACCGCGGGAGCGCUCGGAGCCGCAGCCGCCGAGAGCGCACCCGGAGGCGGACACUUUCUUCACCACCCCGCGGCCCUUCAGCGGCGCGCUGCGCCUCCACAACCCGCUGUUCCCGGUCACCGACGAGUCCUACAGCGCCUACGCCGUGCUGCUGCUGGCGCUGAUCGUGUUCUCCGUGGGCAUCGUGGGAAACCUGGCGCUCAUGUGUAUCGUGUGGCACAACUAUUACCUGAAGAGCACCUGGAACUGCGUGCUGGCCAGCCUGGCCUUCUGGGACUUCAUGGUGCUGUUCUUCUGCCUGCCGGUGGUCAUCUUCAAUGAGCUGACCAAGAGGAGGCUGAUGGGGGACCUGUCCUGCAGAGCAGUGCCCUAUGUGGAGGUGGCAUCCCUGGGCGUGACCACGUUUACUCUGUGUGCGCUCAGCAUCGACCGCUUCCACACGGUGACCAGCGGUCAGUCGAGGCCGCGGCAGGGCGAGUCCUGUCAGUCAAUCCUGGCCAAGCUGUCUGUGAUCUGGCUGGGCUCAUUGCUGCUGGCGGCGCCGGAGCUGCUGCUGUGGCGUCUGGAGCAGGACGGGUCUCCGCAGUCAGGUCUCCCAGUGGACGCCUGUCGCCCACAGCCGUCCGCGGAUCUGCCUGACGCACUGCUCUCGCUGGUGCUCACCUACCAACACGCCCGCAUGUGGUGGACGUUCGGCUGCUAUUUCUGCCUGCCGCUGCUGUUCACAGGUGCCUGUCAUCUACUCACUCGACACGUCAGCGAGGAUGAAAAAACCCUACGUUCAUCAUCAACAUCAUCAUCGUCCUCUUCAUCAUCGAUAAAAAAACGAAGAAGAGAGCGUCAGCUGACUCGAACGGUAGUGGCGCUGGCGUUCAUCUACGCGAUAUGUAGUUUGCCGGAAUACAUCUGGAAUAUCGUGCUGGCGUAUGUGGGCGUGGAUGUGGGUGUGGCCACACAGGCUCUGCUGGCUCUGAUUGGUCAGUUUUUGUUGUUUGUGCGUGCCGGAGCGACGCCGGUUGUGCUGCUGUGCAUCUGUCGGUCUCUAGGUCAGGCGUUCAUGGACUGCUGCUGCUGCUGCUGCGAGGAGUGUUUUUCAGAUCCCUCGUCCUCCUGUACGACCUCGUCUGUGUCCACCAAUGCCACCGCCGUGUCCUCGCCGCCGGCCUCGCCCGUCUCCAUGCAAGAGGACAAGCUCAAGAUCGUGUCUGGGACAUCGCCGGCCGUGUUUUUCGAUAAGGUUAAGGAGAGUCCAGCUGAGCUGAUCAUCGGUACGCCGUGUUGAUCUUGACUCAGACAUAUUUACGAAAACUGUGAAGUAUCGUUCAGUCGCUAACACUCUUAAAGGGAACAAAACAUGUUGUUUUUUCUAUGGACGAAUAAAUGUGUAAUCAGAUAUACAAAAUUUACGGGGCCGUUCGCACAGAAUACAUCAUAAUAUGUGAGACGCAGCGCUCAGGAUUGGUUUUAAAAAUGUAUUUUUACAAUCAAACUACCGUUUACAGGAGUUCACAACACUUGCCCCGCCUCUGACAGCUUCUGAUUGGCCCAUGCAUUGGAACUGACAUACGAAAACUGCAGGCAACUGGGAGUCUUUGUGCAUUCGCGGGAGACUCCUGGAACUUCCGGGAGACUUGGGAUGUCUGGAAUGACCUCCUGCCUUACUCAUAAUUCUCUCUUCAUAUAGCCGUAUGCCUAUUACAUAUCCAUAAAACACUGUGAUGUAGCCGGGCUCGAAUCGUAUAGCUUUCUCACUACAAUCGAUCCACUCCAGAGUUCUUUUCAAUCGAGCCCUGACCACCUCAUUCAGGCGAUCUCGGACUGUUUUGAUCUCGGAUUGUUUUGGUGCGGAUCCGAGCACGAUUGGUGGAUUCACAAUUGCCAAACUAACUGCGCUAACUGGGCAAACGAGACAGGUUCCCAAACAAAAUUCUAGGUUUACAAUGCACCCUAAAGGGACAGUGCACACAAAAAAUGCUUGUUGAAGUCAUUCCAGCAAAUUUUGUUCAACAAAUCAGAUAAACGAAACAUUAAAAUGUGUAAUAUACAAACGACCAUUCACACAGAGUGCGUCUAAAAUGUGAGAUGAAGCACUCAGGAAUAGUUUCAAAAAAGAAUUGUUACCAUCAAAUUAAACAGUUGUCAUGGCAACUUGCUACUGUAAACAUAAGUUUGCAACACUUGCCCCGCCUCUGAGCGCUUCUGAUUGGUCCUCUGCUUUGGAACUGGCAUACAAAACUGUGAAGUAUCGUUCAGUCGCUAUCACUCUUAAAGGAACAGUGCACACAAAAAUUUUGCCUAUGUUACCAUCAAAUUUAACAGUUGUCAUGCCAACUUAUUACUGUAAACAUAAGUUCGCAACAUUUUCCCAGCUUCUAAGCUCUGUUGAUUGGUCCAUGCAUUGGAACUGACAUACGGAAACUGUUAAGGAUCGUCCAGUCGCUAACAUUCUUAAAGAGAUAGUGCACACAAAAAUUUUGCCCAUGCUACCAUUGAAUUAAAUAGUUAUCAUACCAACUUUGUACUGUUAACAGAAGUUCACAACAUUUGCCACUCCUCUGAGCUCUUCUGAUUGGUCCACUGCUUUGGAACUGACAUACAAAAAUGGUGAAGUUUCGUUUUCGUCUUAAAGGGCCAGUGCACACAAAAAUUUCACCCAUUUUACCUUCAAAUUAAACAGUUGUAAUGGCAACUUUCCACUGUAAACAUAAGUUUGCAACAUUUGACAAGCCUCUCAGCUCUGUUGAUUGGUCCAUGCAUUGGAACAGACAUACGAAAACUAUGAAAUAUCAUUUAGUUGCUAACACUCUUAAAAGGACAGUUCACACAAAAAUUUCACCAAUUUUUCCAUCAAAUUAAACAGUUGUCAUGGCAACUUGAUACUGUAAACAUUAGUUUGAAACACUUGCCCCACCUCUAAGCUCUUCUGAUUGGUCCACUGCUUUGGAACUGACAUACGAAAACGGUAAAGUAUCAUUCAGUUGCCAACACUCUUAAGAGGACAGAGCACACAAAAAACUUGCGUAUGUUCCCAUCAAAUUAAACAUUUGUCAUGCCAACUUGCUACUGUACACAUAAGUUCGCAACAUUUGCCCCGCUCUUCUGAUUGGCCCACUGCUUUGGAACUGAUAUUGAUGAACUAUUUCGCAUGUAAAAAUGUAAAUUAAUCUUACACGGUGUGGUAAAUAUGCAGUGCUCAUGUGCAGAAGAAGCAAGCAUAACACUCACACACACGACUUAUCAAGAGUGAUUACAUAGAAAAACAAUGUAAAAGUAGUUCUACCGGUCUGUGGAUCAACUGGUACUGAGCCGCAAAAGAAAACAUUAAUUAUUUCCCUUUUAUUUAUUAUCCGAGUCUGAACCAUCUUUUAUUUUGAAAAGUCUUUUAUUUCUCUCGCUUACAUCUCAGCCACUUGAGCGCCAAAAAUUUAACCCACAAGCAGCAAAAUGAGUAAGAAACCGACGUUGUUGUAAAGUUUCUUUGCAAAUGGGGUAAAGGCCCAAUGAAGGACUCAUUAACUGCCAAGCAAUGGAUCCUUAACGCUUUUGUCAACUAAUCAGGUGAAUCCAGCAUAUCUGUGCUAGAAGAUCACCUGCUGGAGAUCGCAAAUGACGGUGGCCUUUUAGGAGCUGUUAGCAUAUCACGUCUUUUCUAGAGUUCGUGCAAGUUUAUUAAUUCCAAUGGAGGUGUACGGCUUGCGCAUGCAAGAGGUGUGAUGCACUUGCGCCUUCCAGACGCCCCCAGUUGAUUGAAUGCCGCGAGCGCACCGCGAGUCAUGUGACAAGAACUAAGAGAUCCGCUUCAGCUUGUAUGGGAUAUUCACAUUUCGGUAGACUAAACAUCUCAGACAAACACAGAACAGCCAAAGACUGCAGCGCUUUGUAAUUUUCUCCAUAAGUGAAACUUGUAUCAGAGUGACAACAGUGCUUUAUCAGAUUGUCAUCCUCUGAGAAAAUGAUUGAUGGUCGCCUAUGAACCACCCACCCCCUGGUCCACGGUAAAAUUGUCAAGCGUUGACCAGUCCGCGGUGAUAAAAACAUUGAGGAGCACUGGUGUAUUGGAAAGAAAAAAUGCAUUCUGUGUGAACGGCCCCUUAUCUCUCUCUCUGCUGGAUUAUGAGCGGGAAGUAUAGAAACAAUUUCCUCUUUGUCUACGGCCAAUCAGAAUCCUGCUUCCUCUCGAUAAGGUUUAUUGGUGUAGAAUCCUCAACAUCUGCUGUAGUUCAGUCGGUGUUUCCCCUGUUCUACACUACAGACACGCAUGUAGAUUGUAACCAGUUUUUAUUUUGUAGGAAUUAACAGCUAAUGUCGAGUAUAAAUAUACUGUAUUGCUGGAUGGACACUUUUGGCAAACUUGAAAGCAUAUUUUUUUAUGCACUUAAUUUUUAAACUGUCUUGUUUUAAGAGUCAGUGUUCAAGAUGAAAAUCAGCUUUGCAGAUCGUUAUUCUUAUGCAGAUGCUUAUACACUCAGAAAUAAAGGUACACGAGGUGUCACUGGGGUGGUACCUUUACAAAAGGGACAAAUUUGUACCUAAAAGGUCCAUAU